AUGUCUUUGCUCUACAACAUCGGAUACUUUUUACUCUCUUCACUGGCAAUAACUAAUGGCCCAGAAAAACAAAACACGCUGACUUCUACAGGUGGUCAACUCUGCACUGAUCUCACUGGAACAUGGCAGAACCAGUUAGGUUCGACCAUGACUAUCCAACGAACUGAUGGUAUUAACAAAAAUGGAGACUAUUACAAGAUUACGGGACGUUAUAAUACCACCGUUGAAAGUUCUAAUGGAGCUGCCAAUGUUUCUUCAGACAUGACGGGUCUAGUACAGCCGUUAAAAGGCGGAAGUCUUCUUGCUUUCAAUGUUAUUUGGAACCAUGGAAAUUCUUUAACAGCUUGGGUUGGUCAGUGCCUUGUGUGUGACGGUCAAGAGAAAUUGCUCACCACUUGGGUUCUGAGGUCAUACCAAACACCCCAAAACAGAUGGAUGAGCAACAUGAUUCAUCAGGAUACCUUCCAUAGAAUAGAUCAGAAGGACAGUGUUAAAAAUGCUUCCGUGAGUAAUAUAUACUCGGAUCCUGUAGGUCACUGGAAAUCUGCCACUGGAGAUUAUAUUAAAAUUACGAACGUUUCAGAAACAGGCGAAAUGGAUGGUUUACACAUGGCUCCUGGCUCUACAAAUGGUGCUGUAUUAUAUGGCCGUAUCGAUGGCAAUAGAACUCGAACCGUUCAUGCUUUUGCUGCUGUAAAUGCACAGUACAUCAAAGGUUGGGGAGGCUAUAUCUACGAACCUCGAGCCAAGAACCAAACAAUGGAAACAGCUUGGCUGUCACAUAAAUUUUCUGAACAAUGCAAUGAUCCCAGAAAGCAUGUGGCGUUUGGAAUGGACAUUUAUUUCAAAGAAGAUGAAAGUUGA